CAUCAGGCUGACUUAUGGUCUUUAGGCUGUAUAUCGUAUGAGUGCAUGGCCGGUGCGCCGCCGUUCUGUACAACAUCUAUUUUGCAUUUGGUGAAAUUGAUUAAACACGAAGAGGUUAAGUGGCCAAGCUUCUUAAGUAGCGAUUGCCGCUCGUUUUUGCAGGGAUUGCUGGAAAAAGAUCCAUCGUUGCGUAUAACUUGGACACAAAUACUGUGUCAUCCUUUUGUGGAGGGCAAACUCUUCAUCGCCGGCAUCAAAGCGAAUAAUUCGCCAUUCACCAACCCACAAAAACAAAAAAACUCAAAAAAUUCACGCUCACAAAGUAGUUCCAGCUCGAAAACAGAGGAGCUCUCGGAGCGUAUUGCCUCCAUGAAUCUCGCAAACACUUCGCAUUGCACAAACGACAAUCUGACCUCAUCACGUGACAGUAUUAACGCUAUACCCCCCAGUGAUAUUGAGAAUCUCGAAACGGAUGUUGAAGAUAACACCGUUACUGUGCCAUUCGCUGACCAAUCCUUUAGAGAUGCAACAGAACUGAAAGUACUCAAUGGUGACAUUGUUGUGCCCCACUUCAAUAUUGUAACGGAGGCAGCUGUGGCGGCGCCUGCAAUCAAUUCACAAACUUGUUUCGUCAGCGGCAACAACAACAUGAUACUGAACCACAUGAAUGACAAUUUUAUGUAUACGGAAAACACAAACGCCUCGCCACCACAGCAAAUGCAACAGUCGCAACAAAAGUCUCCCUCCGAUAAUGCCAAGUUGCAAGACACUUCGCCAAAUACGAAUACGAAUGUGAAAGUGGCGCGCAGCAAGGAUUUGGAAAAGCGCAAACUCAGUCAGAAUUUGGACAAUUUCUCACUACGCUUAGGACAGACUUUAGAUGUGGAAGCGCAGCGCAAAACCAAUGAACGCAGAGAGAAAGACAAAGACAGAGACAGGGAGAAGGAGCAAAAGUGCAGCAAGAGCAUGGCACAAUCUGCCGAUGAAAAACGCAGCACUGAAAAUUCACCACCCUGCUUGCUGCCUGGUUGGGACUCCUGUGAUGAGUCGCAGAGCCCACCUAUUGAAAAUGACGAGUGGCUGGCCUUUUUGAAUCGCACAAUGCAGGAAGUAUUAGACGGUGAAUUGGACUCCUUGAAGCAGCACAAUUUGGUGAGCAUCAUAGUGGCGCCACUGCGCAAUUCAAAGGCCAUACCAAAAGUGGUGGACAGUGUGGCUCAACUAUUAUCGCUGCCAUUUGUGGCCGAUGAGUCACCCUGUGUUAUUGACCUCAUACAAAAUGUUUAUAUCGACGUAAAGCUCGUGCCCAAUCUCAUGUAUGCUUCCAAAUUGUUGAUUUGCCACAAGGGCACCGGCGAUUCGAGCGCCUCCUUGACACAGCCGCACGGCGGACGUGCCGUGCGCGCCAUGGAGGAACUGAAUAACGAGGAAAUAUGCACCACAUCGCGUCUGUAUGAGCUAAUCUGCCACUUGGUGCACUUGAAGCUGCAGUUCCUCACGCAAUUCUGCGACGCAGUGGCCAUAUUGGCGGCAAACGAACUGCUCAUCAACCUGCUGCAGCAUGAUUUCAAGAAUGCCAAUGCGGUGCGCAUCUCGAACUGCAUUUUGGGCCUGUUGAUAUGCGUGCUGCGCGAGCUGCCGGAAAAUGCGGAUUUGGUGGAGCGCAUCAUAUUCAGUGGCAAGUUGAAUUUAGUAGCGCUUUUCAGCAAUAGCGAUGAUUUGUUGCGCAUGCGCAUGUGCAUGCUCUUCCGCUUGUUGGCGCGCUUCAGUCUGCGCGGCUUGCAGGGUGUUUGGUGCGCGGAGCUUAAGAAAGCAAUCGAACAUUUGGCCGAUGAUGACAACUUGGAAGUGCGUGAGAUUGCCGAGAGCACAUUGGAGGAACUGCGUCACUUCACUUUCUAUGCAUAAAAGUGUCCAAAAGCACACAACAAUGUUAAAAACAUGACAGCUACAAUGGCAGCACAAUGAGAUUAAUACCGUUAAGUUACUACUUUUUGCUACUAUUUACUUUUUAUAUACUUUUUUUUAUCAUAAAAAAACUCUUUUUAUAUUUUUGUAACUCAACUCAAGACAAAUGUAUGGAAUCACAUUUAAUUUUUUACAUUUUGUGUACGUUCCUCUGGACGGUUUCGACUAAAUAAACUAUUUUGAAAAUA